AUGGCUCCGAAAAAUCUCGGAUACCUGUACCAAGAUGAUUUCGAUACGAAAGCGAAUGUGUUUUCCAUUUGCGAGACUGCGAUUACACCACCACCAUCGCCAAUACUCAAUAUCAAUAAUACACUCUCGGCAAGUGGUUCUGAUACAAACAGUCUCCACGACGAGAACCGUCUGAGGAAUACAGGGCCACCAUCAGAUGCUGCGAAACAGCAGGACACCAUAGAGGUAUCUGACAGAAAUGACACUGACCAGCAAGCCUCUCAACAACAGACCAGGGCUACAUGUCCAGAAACCAGUUUUCGGAAGAAAACGGCAAAUGUAGUUGGAUCUGCUCAAGUAAAAGACACCGACCAUGGGAAGGGAACAUUCCCGCUCGAGAUUGACGUAGACAUGAAUGCGGGCGGCUCCUUCUUUGAGGAUACCCUGUUCGUCUCCAGCGAGCACUAUCAGGACGAAGACAUUGAAGUGGAGAGCAUGGCCUCAAUUCUGGACCAAAUCGACAGCCUCUUGAUGCCACUCCCCAAUGUACCACCUUCCAAUCUGAGCUACAUCACUUCAGAGAAACCAAGACUCUUCAGCGCCCUCGAAUGGGAGCACCACAAACAUCUACCCCCUCUGCCACUCGAUUUAGCCCUAGAGGAAGCGCUCCCAUGGGCACCUCUUCCUCCUCGACGCCGCGGGCAAUUUGAAUUCGAGGCCCUUGUAGAGCCUUGCGAGCACACUGCGUCAGAAGAGCAGGACCGUCAAAUUCACAUCGGAAGUAUCGGAAACAUCAAAGACGGCGAAAUUGAAGAGUGCUCCGCACCAGAAGAAGCUGCCAAGCCACAACCGCCGCCGACGAACGCGCUUGACUCGCUAAUAAAGCUACGACUGCAGAGAAGCGCAUCCGAGCGCGCGCCACAAUCAACGGCCAACGUAUCGUCGAUGCAGUCACAAGACAUCAAGCCCAUGUUGCCAAAGGUGGACGACCCGGGCGCAACGUCCAUGCUAGUAUCGGCAUUCAUGAGCCUUCGAGGCGUCAAAGCUCCGCGUUCGAAUCGAAAAUGA